GCCACCUGUGGUGUUCCUCUUUUAUUGACGGACGAAAAUCAGCUUGGUACUUCAAGAAAUAGAAAUGAUUUGUAACGAUUUUUGAAAUUUAAAUCUUAACCGCAGUAGAUAACUUUGGAUUGCAUUUGUUUGUAAAGUUUUAAAUUUGAAAGAAUGUGAAUAAUAAAAAUAUCAGUUAAAUAUCUAUAAUAUAUUAAACAAUAAAUUAAUCAAAAGUGAAGUGAUAUUAGGAUAUAACGAAAAUAAAGAUUUAAGCAGGAAUUAUUGUGAUGUGAUAUGUAUAACUAAUUUGACGCCACUUUUACCCAUAUACCAUAAAAUAAAUAUGUAAUCAUAUAUAAAAACGGUGGAAAAACAAUUAAAGUCUAAAUAAUGCAUCAAUCAAGCCGAAAAUUCGAGUAGGAGCAUUUAUCUCAGUAUAAUUUUAGCUCGUACAUCAUUGCUGAUGUAUUUAUUAGCGAUUUAAACCAAUUUAGGUACAAUUAGCGCUCAACUACUUUUAUUUAUUGCGCCAUACAGUUUCUGUACGGUUUCGAGAAAGCGUUUGCCCUCGCUAUUGAGUUUCACUUUCGAAACUGAUAAGCCAACAGGAAGGGCAAAGAAGGACAGGUGUACACGUGACACGGGUAUGUUGAUGAGGUUGUAUAAUAUAGAUAAACAUAAGAGUUAUUACUUCAAAAAUUUGAUGGAAAACAUACCCAUUUUAUAACCAUAUGCGAGACUUCAAUCAUUGCUCGAGAAGAAGGAAUAUUUUCUAUUACCGGCAUGACACUUUACCGACAAUCAGAAGUGGUGUAAACACUUCCCAUUACAUCUCUCUGUUAUAUAUUUUGGAUAUACCUGUUAAAAUAUUAAAAUUUAUCUUUGAAACAAAUUAUUCUCAGAAAGUUCUAAUAGUAUUCACGUGCAAGUGUAACUAAUUUUGCUGGAAAUAACCCAAAGAGACGCUUACAAUGCCAAGACGACGUAAAGAGCACAAAGAAAGUGAAGACGAUGACGAUUGUUCAAUAAGGAAGUCAUCAAAACAACAUCAUCCAAUUCAAAGACACGCUGCAAAUGAAAGGGAGCGUAGCAGAAUGAGAGUUUUAAGUAAAGCAUUUUCAAAAUUAAAGACAACGUUACCAUGGGUACCGUCAGACACGAAAUUAUCAAAAUUAGAUACUUUAAGACUUGCAUCUAGUUAUAUUGCACAUUUAAAACAAAUAUUGGAUGGUAACGAAGAAGAAGAACAGUGUAAUCAACCAAGUACUAUACAUCCGCUUAACCUGACAUGGCCGUUUAGUUUUCAAGGCAAAGUGGAACAUAAUGGUUUCUCACAUAUGGAUAAUGGUAAAAGUGAUAAAGACUCUAGCAGUGCGAUGUCAGAGGAUCAAAACUUAGACGACCUUGUUACUGGAUCGCCGUAGAAUAAUUUAAUAGCCGCAGAAUGUCAUUUGGAUCAUUUUAAUUUCGUUGAGUGACUUGGACUAUCGUUGAGUAAAUUAUUCGAAUUUUUACCGGAAAGUGAAUUUUGCUGAUGUCAUUGUUAACUAUUAUCACAAUGCAACUCAUGAUACUAGAUUUUGUGAUAGUGGUACACAGAGAACGAUUAGAGGAUAACAUUGUUAUUCUAUAUGGAAAUUUUGUAUUUAAAUCAUAUUAUAGAAAUAUCUAAAUGCGAUGACAUUUUGCACUCUUUUACUUUGAUCGGUCGGUGUCAUUUAUACUCUACAGCAAACAUACUGGAUGACAUUAUGUUUCAACUGAUUAAGAUUUUAUUCUAAAUUUGUGCAGACUGAAAACAUUUCCAAAGAUGGCAAUGUUCGAAAUUAGUAUUCAUUAGUAAUCUUCGGUUGCCAUUCUUCCGCUUUUACAAGAUAAAAAAUGAAAAAACAAACUGUGUAACAGUUCAUUGUGUGAGCUUUUGGUUUUAUAUGAGAUGUAUAUAAUGUACUAUAUGUUUCGGAUAAUUCUUAAUGUGGACAUGUAGAAAUAUUUCUCUGAAGGAAAUAUAUAUACAAAGAAUUCAUCGCUGUCUAAGGAUAUAUAAUAUGUCAAAUUUUGACCUCUCGAGAAGAGAAUAAAUCUUUUCUCCUUUUCAACCAUAAAUCUUGCUUUCCACUAAACUUCAAACGGUGUAACUGUAAAGACAACAUUUGUGUGAAAAUUAGUAUAAAUUUGACGUAAAGUCCCGAACGGUUAUGUUUGCAACAAGGUCUUAUGCCGGAAUUAAAAACCAAUAUGUGCCAAAGUGUAGAGAUGUUGUAAUAAAUAAUAUAUGACAGGUUGUUCAUAUGAGAAAAAUAAAUUUGUUUGUAAUGAA